AGGGAGGCUGAAGAAGGAGAAGAAGAAGAAGAAAGACGGGGCUCACAGAGAGUUCAGUGUUUCAGCACCGAGGAGCUUCAGCGUAGGUAGAGCGUUUCAGACUCAGUCAAAACCAAGUGAAGCAGCAGCAAACAUAAACAGCUUCACAUGUGAACGAUUGAAAAGGUAUUUAGCAGCAGAGUGAGGGCUGACAGGCGGCCGGGAUGCUGUGAGGAAGAACGCCAAGCGAUGGAGCUCAAAGACGGCGGCAGGCGGCCGCAGAUGCUCAGAAUGGACGACCAGGACAGAGUGAGCCAGGCGUCCAGUGUGGCUACAAUUUCUUACUUUCCUGUCAUGAAGGAAAGUGAUGGGAAGGUGCAGACGUUUGGGAAAAGAUGUCAGGCUGCUAAAAGAGACCCCAACUGUCCCGUGGUCAUCAGGGGCUGGCUCAACAAAAAGGACAGCUCUGGUCUGAAGUUAUGGAAGAGACGGUGGUUCGUCCUCUCCAACUACUGUCUGUAUUACUACAAAGACAGCAGAGAGGAAACCGUGUUGGGAAGCAUCCCGCUGCCAAGCUACAAAAUCCUGUUCUGCACGCCGCGAGAAUGCAAGAACAGGAAGUUCACCUUCAAGGUGGUGCACCAGGGAAUGCGAUCAUAUUUCUUCAGCGCUGACACUCAGGAGGACAUGUUGGGUUGGGUUCGAGCCCUGAGCCAAUCAGCUGCGAUGGAGCCAGACAGCACCAUGAACAGGCGUUGCUCGAGUUAUCAAGAUUUUACGCAGCUUGGUGGCAGCAGUGAGUCCAUGGACUUCCCCAGAUCGCCCCCGGAGGAGGAGAGUCCGGCGCAAAAACACAAGCAUGUCAGCAGAACCCUGAGCGAACCGGGUCAGCUCAGCGGGAGGUCACAGUCAGAGCACCGGGGGAGACGGAGCGUGCAUCACCGGAACAGGAGCCCUCCGGAUCCAAUCAGGAGAAGAACUGCUUCAAACAGGGAGGACGACGCUUACGAUGAAACCUCAGCGCAGGCGACCAUCGUGGGGUCAGGCUCUUUGGGUUCGAGGGGACAGCUGGGCUCCCGACCCCACACCCCGGUGGGAAGGGUCGACAUUCGACCCCACGAUGACCCCGUCACUGUGUACUACACACCUGCCUCCCCUAAGCUGGAGUUCAAAUCUGCUCCCACCACCCCGGUCACAGAGAGGUGGCAAAACCUCAGCAAGCCUGCAGCCUUGUACGGUUCUGUUCAUCACACACCAAGUGGGAGAAGACCUUUAGCUAAGAGCCACUCCACGGGGGCAGAUUUACUGCCCCCUUUACCCCCUGCAGCGAGGGCAGCGCAUGCUUCCAACCCCUCAAAACAACCCGGUCAGCUUCACCUGCCUGUCUCUGUGCUUCCGCCAGCUCUGGCGUCUAAAUCUGAGCAGAGGGAUUUGCAACCAAUACGACCUCUUGAAAGUGAUGCAGAUGCCGUAUUGACGCGUCUGUGUGGGUGUGACAAGCUGCUGCAGUCUCUGUCUGUGGAGCUCACCCAGCUACAGAUGGAUAAGGAUAGCGUCCAGUGUGCGCUGGAAGUGUCCAGGCUCCAAGUGGAGGAGUGGAGGACCCAGGGGCCCCGGGCCCUGGAGGAGGCACUGACCCAGAAGGCUUUGCUACAGGAGGAGUUGGUUACAAUCCGGGCCAGAGUGUGCGAUGUCUCACUGGAAAUGGAGCGAGUGUGGAGUCAGUAUGAGAGGAUGGAGAGUGAGCUGUCUGUAAUCCGUUCGCACCUUCAACACAUCUCCAACUUCGGAAUGCCACAGGAGCAGUGUCAGGCUCAGAGGGAGCUGUGGAUGAUGGAGGACAUCCUUGAUGGGCUGAACGUCAAUCGGGAUUAUUUCUGUUUCCUGCUGGGACUGCAGACACAUCACAUGUUCCAGUUUUUGCCUCCUGGACCUCCUGCUUCCCUCCCAGAGGGGCUUCCAGUCGGACUGCCAGCAGAUUUGGAACAAGAGCCGCCGCUCCGCCCUCCGUUACCCCUGGAGCUUCAGGAGCGCCACCACGCUCAGGACCUGGGCCAGGUGUGGCCAGAGUCACCGUACGAGGGAAUCUAUGAGCAUCCUGCUGAUCCCGCCGACAGAAGUGGAAACAGCCAGCCUGACCUCCUUAACGUGAAAGCACAGAGAGAUCCAACCGAAUCUCAGUCUGGUUCAAAGUGGAUCCCACCAGAAACAGCCGGCCAGCCAACAAAGAAGAUGAAAAUGAAGAUGAGUGAGGCAGAACAGAUUGAGAGGAUGAAGAGGAAUCAGGAGAGAUUGGCUAAUAAGAGGAAACCUCCAGUGGCGACUCAAGGACCCCAGAAUCAGAGUUCAGACACAAGACAGGAGGCCCCGUUUCCCUUGAGGGUGACCCGCGUUGUCACAGCUGUGCUGCCUUCCUCGCUCGUGGCCAGAAGAGUUUCUGUCGAGGAUCCUCCAGCUGAGCUCGACGCUCCGCUGCCUGAACAAAUCCUGCCGGAAACGCAGCAAAAACCGACGGAACCGAGCAAAAAACUCCUGAGCAAACCUGCCAGGCGGCUGCUUACGGAGAGCCCCGACUCAAACCAGGCCGUCGGCGAGCCGCACCAGGAUCAAACUGCAAAAAAGGCAAGCAGAAAACACCCACCGGCCUCCAGAGGAUCCAGAAUGGAGCCACUUAUAGAAGUGAGCAGAGGUGAAGGAUCAGAGAGCCCGAGAAGUGAAGCUCAACACCUGACGGGGUCAAGAAGAGGUCAAGACAGCGCAGACGUCAAGGCAGCUGAAGAGUCGUCGGCUGCUGACUUUGACCUGAAUCCUGGUGUGAGCUCUGAGCAGAGAGAAGCCAAACUCCAACGAGUCGAACGGAUACGAGAAAGAGUGAUGAGAAGCGCAGCCAGAGAAAGUUCUACGACAGAAAGUCAGCGUCCAAUCAGGAGAGAGAGGAAGGAAGUUCACCAGGCUCCCUCUGACUCGGCUGAAGGAAAAUGGCCGACAGCAGGAAGUCAUGGCUAUCUGGAUGACGUUAGCAGAUCAGGAGAUCUUCAAGGUGCAACGUCUCAGGGUUGUGAUGAAGUUAAAUCUAAAAGUCGGGUCCAGACUGAGAACAGAGCACAGCACAGUGGGAGAGCAGAGGUUGCCAACAAUAAAAGCAAACGCUCCCCGUCUCCGUAUCACAUCUCAUCCAUGACCGUCUACCAAAACGACGGAGGCAAAGGAUUCAGAAGCUGCAACGAUGAAGAGCAGGAAAACCCUGAAGGACUCACUGCAGAAGAUAAAGAAGAGAAACUGAAGUCUUCCCACCUGAGAACAAAGUGGUUCCUGUCGACGAACCAGUGGCAGGAGUUCAUACCGCUGCAGAUGGAGCCGCUGUCUAUCGAGGAGAACGAGGAAACCGACCCCCAGCCGUGCUCUCAGCCAGAUCUCAGCGAGUUGUCGGCGACGGUGACCGAAAGCCUGGAGAAGAUGAAAGAGAACCACUCGCUCUUCUAUAAGAUCGCCUGCGACAUCAGCAUCUCAGACUCAGACAUAAAGAGCGACGAUCAAACGUCCUCCAGACCAGAGGAGGAAGAAGUGUUGGUCAUCGAAGAAACGGCGCGGACCGGUGACGUUGGGAUGCCGUCUCAUUUAGAGAGUUUGGAUGGAAGAGGUGCAACAGCUGAAAAGAAAUCUCUGGAGUCAACGAGAGAAAUGCAGGACAAGACUUUGUUGGAUCCAACAUAUGAUCCAAGUGAACUAAAUCCAGCAGAGCAAUUAGGGUGGGAAGAUGAAGUAAAAGUUUCAGAAACGGGAGUUUGUGUCCAGAAAACGGAUUCUACUCAGGCACUGGAUGGCCACACAAAGACAGAAGAGAAACACUGUGAGAAGAAGGAGUCAGAAGAUCUGAACACAAACCAAGAGAGAUGUGAGGAAAUAAAGAAAUGUUUCAGAGGAAGUAAAGAGAAGAAGACGGAUGAGGACGACCGAGGAAACAGACGCUCCAUCAUCCGGAGCGCCUCCUUCGGAAAGCCGAGGGUUACCGUCCUGAGGACGAGUUUGUAGAUUGAAGAAAAGAUGCCGUCCCAUUCCAACCAACAACUUCAUAGCAUUUUAUUUGGAUUUUAUAUGAUAGACCAACUCAAAAGAGAGUAUCAUUUUAGAUACAUAAUCUGAAAAUUUGACCCCAGAAACCUUUGGUACCUCUGGAAAACCGGUAAAGGUCCAGAGCUGAGAGGUGAAUCUGUUUACAGGAUGACUUUUCAAACUAUUUAUGGAAGAGUGGUGAAAAGAAAGCCUGCAUGACAGGAAGUCCAAUUUCCUCUUGCUACUACACAAAAUGCUAUGAAUGGCGAAACACUAACACCUGGCCAUCCCUACAGCAAAGCCAAGUGGAGGGAGCAUCAUGCUGUGGGAUGUUUUUAUUUUCAGCAGGUCGGGGGAAACCUGUCAGAUUAUAUGACAGAACCGGAGCUCAGGACAGAGACGUUAAACAGAUUGGUUUAACUCAAAACAUAUUAACAUGUUAGAGCGACCUAGUCAAAGUCCAAAAGAUUUUUGGUAAGAUUUGAAACUUGAUGUUUAUGGGGGGAAUUUUCUAUAUCAUGCAGUACUUUGUUUUGGUUUUCAUCUAAAAUCCCAUUAAGGCUGAAGUUUGAGGCUGCAGAACGACUUAAAGAGUUCAGCGGGUGUGAAUACUUUUCCCUAGAGAUUUUGACCGACUGGAUUGGACUGGGCCCAGUUGUGAGAACGUAUAACAGCAGAAUAAUGUAUAACCAUCAAUAAACUUGAAUGUUUUCAUUUUACAGAAUAUAAAGGAGGAUGUUGGUGGAAAUCUGUCAGCAGAAAUGUUAUUUAUUCAAGUGAAACUGUGUUUUUUGCAACUAGACAGGUGCAAUCAAAUAUCCUUUUUAAAUGCUAACACCUCCAUUCCUUUUAAUGUACGCAUUUAAUACUCACUGAAGUUAUAUUUGAUGGCUGUUUUUGUUGGCAACAUAAUCCUGUUUUUAUCACUGUGAAAAUUAGCUUUUUUUGUAUCAGAUGUUCUGACUAAUAAUAAUAAUAAAAAUAAUUUAAAAAAAGAAGAAGAAGAAGUGUUGUGCA